AUGAGCCGUUCUGUCAGAAAUAAGACUGCUGACAUUGUGGAUUACAUCUCCCAUGACUGUAAAGCAGACCUGGUUGCAAUCACGGAAUCGUGGUUGGACCAGCAUGAUGCAGCUGUUCGCUUAGAGUUAUGCCCUGAUGGUUACAAACUAUUGGAUCAUGUACGCAAUGCUCGAUGUGGUGGUGGAACUGCGUUAUUAUACCGCGACUCGCUAUGCGUGAAUGGAGUUGAUUCUGGAAAUAAAACUUCGUUUGAAUUUUCUGAGUGGCUAGUGAACCUGUCAUCUGCUCAUAAACUCCGUGUAGUUAUUAUUUAUCGCCCUCCAUACUCCAGCGAACAAAGGGUGCCCAAAAGUGUGUUUUUCGCAGAGUUUUCUAAUUACCUGGAAUCUCUGUUAUUGUGCAAAGAGCCGCUAUUGAUUUGUGGUGAUUUUAAUUUACAUGUUGAUUCUUAUGUUGAUGCGGAUUCAGUAAAAUUUCGUGAUCUGCUUGAAUCGGUUGGGUUACGGCAACAUGUCAACCACGCGACACACGUCGAUGGCCAUACUCUGGAUCUUUUGAUUACACGCCUCUCCGACUAUAUCAUUCAUAGACCACCUUAUAUAGACCGCUUCAUAUCGGAUCAUGUGUCGGUUAUCUGUAGUCUCGCAUUUUCUAGGCCAGUGGCGUCAUGUCGCAAUAUAUCUUAUAGGAAACUGAAGUCUGUGGACUCUAAUGCUCUACGACAGGAAUCAGCUGCUACUACAUUAUGUAAUAUUCAUCGUGUUGACCCGGAUAAUCAACUGGCUGAUGACAUUGAUGCACUUGUGCGGGAAAACAACUCGACUUUGAAACAUCUAACAAACCGUCAUGCUCCCCUGAAGACCAAGACACUCAGAGCUAGGCAUUCUGUCCCUUGGUACAAUGCUGAAAUUGAUGCUGCUAAAAGACGUCGUAGGAAAGCUGAGAGGGUGGGGCGAAAAAGUAAAUCGUUGGUUGACUUCAGACUGUUUAAGGCACUUAGAAAUCACGUGACUUAUUUAAUGAAUGAAGCAAGGAAGACCUAUUAUACUGACUUUAUCUCCGAUAAUAGUGACAAUCAAGGCAAACUCUUUACCGCUGUUAAAAAGUUGCUCAGUCCCUGGAAUCAGCUAUCUUUUCCGAACUGUCCCAAUAACACUGUGCUUUCCAAUGAUAUGGGUGAAUUUUUUAUACGGAAGAUUUUGAAAAUUCGAGAUGAAGUCGAUGCUGUUGUCCUUGACUCUUCGUCACGUGAUUUGGUACCUGAUGAUCGAUGUCUACUGGCAGAUGAAAGUGUAAGCUUAGGAAGCUUUGAGAAGCUUAGCAUUGACAAAGUCCGGUCACUUGUAAUGGCUUCAGCAAAAAAGUAUUGUGCCCUGGAUCCAAUGCCAAUGCCGAUGGUUCUGGAUUGUUUGGACAUUCUACUUCCGGUAAUUACCCACGUCAUCAAUUCCUCUUUAGCUACCGAAUAUUUUCCUAAAGACUGGAAGGAGGCGCUGGUGAAACCUCUUUUAAAGAAAGGGGGACUUGAUGUUGUGUUUAGUAACUUACGUCCGAUCAGCAAUCUUCAGUUUGUCUCAAAGUUGACUGAAAGGGCUGUCUAUGAACAAACUUAUAACUAUCUUGUAGAGCACGAUUUACUUCCCGAGCUCCAAUCUGCGUAUAGAAAGCGCUAUAGUACGGAGACAGCACUUCUUAAAGUACAGAAUGACAUUCUUCUGAGUAUGGAUCGCCAACAUGUAACGCUACUUGUACUUCUUGACCUUAGUGCGGCAUUCGACACUGUCGAUCAUAGUAUUCUUCUUUGUCGCCUGGAGUCAUCGUUUGGUAUAACAGGGAAGGCGCUGGAGUGGUUCAAGUCCUACUUGUCAAACCGGUCUCAACGUGUGGCAUUUGAUGAUGGGAUCUCUGACAGUUAUCAGUUAUCACUUGCGGGUUACCACGGGGCUCAUGUCUGGGGCCACUUUUAUUCACAUUGUAUGUAA